UUGGCUUCAGGUCUAAACGAAUACAGUUCAUUUUGGCGAUGUGCUCAAGCGAGCGGUGGUUACUUUUUGACGCAGUUGGUAAAACUGCUCCUGUUGGCUACAUUCUUUCCUGCAGCAGACACUGAGGGAUUCGCAGUCCUUCCGGAGCUUCUGAAAAGCAGCGCGGACGUUGUUGAUGUCAUUGGUAUGCAUCUAGUUAUGACGCAUGUGCUGAAUGGAAAAGGAGAGGUGCGGUUUUUGGUGGGCGGACUUGGAUGGGGUGCUGCCCAUUCGGUUGCGAGCAGUUUCAUUUUAUUCUGGGUUGGCGCCAGGGCUUCAGCUUUUUCGUGGCGAUGGAUUCAGAUGGCACUUGAGUCGUCAUCUGAUCUUAUUCUCUUCGUAGCUAUGGCGGCUUUAACAUGGAUGGCAACUCGUGCAGCCAGCAGACAUCUGGUGUUUAUGCUUCUUACUGCCUGCGUCUUCCAUACGUUUGUCUAUCAGUUAGUUUUAUUUCCCUUCCACUCUUGUUAA